AAGAAAAUCCUAAGCAAAAGUGGAGGGAAAGGACUACGAUAUGAUAAUAAUAUAGUAAAUGAUCACUUUACCGUCACAGAUCGUCAUUACCCGGAAAAAAAAUUCAUUGUUUCUCGAUAUGCGCAUGUGCUUUUAGAGUAAAGCCCCCGAAAAAUAGAUUAAAACCUGUUUCUUUUUCGUCUUUGUCUCCACCACUUUUCACAUCCAAAACUAAACCCUUGUUUGUUCCACCUUCUUGUUUCACUGUUGUGUUUCUUCGUUUUCCCCUCUACCGAAUCCACAAUGCGAAUCUCUGAAUCGGACUCGUUGAUAUCUCGGCAUCUCUCUCUCUCGAUUUUCCCGUUCUAUCCAUUCGUUUCUCCGUCCGAUCCGGCCAGGCUUUCAAAUUUUCCAGUAUGCUGGAGCGUUGAAGAAGAGGAGGGCUUUCAGUUAAAUGGGUGUUGUGCAACUCUAUCCAGCGAACCUGGUCUGGAGGAUGGUGUAACCGAGAUGAAGAACAAGAACACGGUAAAUGUGGUUAAGCCGAUUGAUACAGAAAAGAAAACAGUGACAAACAUGAUGAUUUCUCUGUGGAAGAGAAGGGAGAUAGAUCUAAGCAAGUGAGGUUGACAACAUGGGUGAUUGUUUUGUUGAUGAGGUGAAAGCAGGGAAUGCUCUUCUCUGUCUGUGGCAAAUGAUUACAGAAAAGAGAUUGACAAACAAUGGUGUGGCUGUGGAAAAAGGAAAGAAAGGGAGGCAAAAGUAGUGAUGGCUUUUCUGUUAAGAAGAAGCUACUACGUGAGCUUGUGGAAUUUCCUGGUGCCUAAGGAGACUCAUGGAAAAGAGGACGGCCUCGGAAGCUGCAGAUUAGCAGUCAGUCUGAUGGUAACGAGGACAAAGUUAUUUGCGUUAAGGAGAAGCAAGAUCUAGGGAAUGAGCAAUGGGCGGAACCUAAUAAGAUUCUAGGAGUCAGUCAGGUUGAGAUUCGGGUGGGUAGAUCAUACGAUGAAAAUGGGCCACAUAAUGAAGAGCUAAAAGUCAAACGUAAGCGGGGAAAGUUACCGGCUGAGAAUGUCAGACUGUGAGCAUGGGAGCACCCUGUUAACGUUGGAACAGAGUAACUCUAUUGAGAUGAUUCCAGGAGGAGACCAAAGCGUAACUGUGGAGGCAGGGCUAAGAGACAUGACUUUGACGGAGGCGAUUGCAGGAGGGGAAGGAAGCGUGGAAGACCUCCAACACCAAAGACGAAGAAGAAACCUGGGGAGACUGAUUGUAAAGCAAUGAAGCCUUGUGAGAGUUCCUCAAUGUCACGGGACAACAAACCCUCAAGUGAUGGCGAAAUGAGGAUUGGAGAACAAAAGCAAAAUAAUGAUAGGAAGACGAUCUUUAUUAGAAUCCAAGAAAAAGCAAGCUUAGUUUGAGUUACUUCUAGCUGCUGGUUGGACAGUUGAAUACAGGCCCCGUAACGGCGGGAAGACGUAGCACAACGCUGCUGUUUAUGUGAAUCCCCACUGGUCAGUGACCAAAGCUUAUGAAGUCUAUAAAGUAAAUUCUAGAUCAAGCAGACUCUGUUCUUGGGUUACUGCCAGAAGAGGACCUUGACCUUUUAAGGAGAAAAGCUCAGAAGAAACGGAGCGAUACAGGUAAGCCAAAGGUCAAAGAACCGCAAGGACACAUAUACUAAUGAAGAUAUGGUCUCGAAAGAGAAAAAGCGCAGAAGAAACGAAAAGGGUCACACAGCUUAGAAAGAAGUUUGGUUUCAGUCCGGAAAAUAAAGAGGGAAGAAAAACAUAAUAGAAAGCUGCGGUGCUUUGUCAGCUCGCAGUUCUUUGUCGGAUGCAGAUUCCAACGAGAAUGGGUACAUUUUGUUUGAAGGGAAACGCACCAUGCUGGGAUGGAUGAUUGAUUCAGCCAUUGUGCCACUUAACGGGAAAGUUCACUGCGAAAACACUGAAGAAGGAAUAAUCACAAAAGAAGUGGAGAUCAAAAUGAUGAUACAUGUGCUAUAUGCGGGGACGCGGGAGAUCUUAACUGCUGUGAUGGUUGCCCGUCAACUUUCCAUCAGAGCUGCCUGGGCAUUAAAAAAUUCCCAUCUGGUUCUUGGUUUUGUUGCUACUGCUCAUGCAAAAUUCUGCGAGAAAGUUGAGGCAGCUAAUCAUGGCACUACAACUCUUUCUCCCUUGUUGAGGUGCUACCUAUGUGAAGAAAAAUAUCACCAAGCAUGCAUCAAGCAAGAUGGCACGGUACCUGUUGAAAGUAGUACUCAUCCAUUUUGUGGAAAGUAUUGUCAAGAGUUAUUCGACAGACUUCAGAUACUAAUUGGAGUUAAACAUUCAUUGCCCGAGGGCUUCUCUUGGACAUUCCUCCGCUGCUUUGAGAUCCCUCGUGAUAAUGACAUAUCUGAGAAGAUUGCAUAUAAUGCCAAACUGGCUGUUGCUUUUUCUGUUAUGGAUGAGUGCUUUUCACCUUUAGUUGGUCGCAGGAGUGGUGUCAACCUGCUUGAAAAUAUCGUCUACAAAUUUGGGUCGAACUUCCAUCGGCUAAACUACAGCAAUUUUCUUACUGCUGUUUUGGAGAGGGGUGAUGAAAUCAUCGCUGUGGCAUCUAUCAGGAUCCACGGCAAUCAACUGGCAGAAAUGCCGUUUAUAGGAACCCGCUACAUGUACAGGCGUCAAGGGAUGUGUCGUCGACUAAUGAACGGCAUUGAAUCUGCGCUUGGCUAG